AUGUCAUUGAAUGUAUCGUUAUAUACAGUGUCAGCAUUGCUAAUACUAGACAACGAAGGCAAUAGGUUAUACGCUAAAUACUACACACCACCAACCGAAAAUGAUAUCAACAACAACAACUCUAGUAGCUCCCAAAGCGGUAACAGUAGCCACCACCCCAAAACAGCCAAACCGUCCACUUCCUCCAAAUCCUCCAGUCAAUUGAAAUUUGAGAAAUCAUUAUUUUCCAAAAUCAACAAAGUGCAUCAAGAUAUUCUCUUGUAUGAUAACAAUUUAAUUGUAUAUAAACAAAUCAAUGAUACAUCAAUCAUACUUGUGGCUCCAAUCAAUGAAAAUGAAUGUCUCAUGUAUUCAACAUUGAGCAAUUUGGUUGAAUCAUUGAAUAUAUUGUUGAAUAAUACCAUUGAUAAAACCACUAUUGUUGAAAAUUACGAUUUGGUGGUGUUGGCCAUUGAUGAGACUAUUGAUGAUGGUGGGAUUAUAUUGGAGUAUGAUCCGGCUACUAUUGUGUCUCGUGUAACUAACGCUCCCGUGAGUUCGGGAGCUGCUGGUGUUGUCGAUUUAAAAAAUAUCGAUUUGAGUGAAAAGGGAUUGUUUAAUGCCUUAAGUUUCGCCGGUAAGAAGUUGGGUGAGAGAUUGCAACAAGGGUUGUAA